AUGGUUUCCUCCACCAGAUCAGGAGUCAACCACGGCGCCAACCCUCCCCCAGCACGAAGAGGCCGAGGAAGGGGAAGGGGAAGAUCUCGAGGUGGCACGUUCAAAGGCAAGAAAGCCCUGUCAACGGGCCAGCUCAACGCAAUAGAUCUGCUUCAGAAAUCAAAGCAGAUCUACUUCAACGCGAAGGACGCGGAGGAGUACAAUCUACUCCCCCACAUAGUCAAACAAACAAUCAAGACGUUCCGCCUCGUCAGGUCAUUCUUGACCUGGCAAGAGACCUUGGCGAAACUCAACGGGUGGAACCCGUACAAGGAAAAAGCGGCAGCCGCGCUCUGGGCAAAGUUCAAGAAGAACCCAGUAGCGGCGAACUCGGCCACGGUGAAGGCGACGACCAGCGCGAACAACAACAUGUUCAAGGGGUACAAGAUCCCCAAGAACUCGAUGAACAAAGACAAAGCGAGUGUCGAGAACGACAAGCUCAUGACGAGCUUGAAGAAAAAAGAAAUGGAAAAAAGAAAAUGGAAGAAAGUCACUCACCUGGCUCAAGCCAUGAUCGAGUUCAGAGACGCAGCCAAUUUCUAA